AUGGCUUCGGCCCUCUUCUUCCUUGACCUCAAGGGCAAGACCCUCCUGGCGCGCAACUACCGUGGUGAUAUCCCCAUGAGCGCCGUCGACAAGUUCCCUAUUCUCCUCUCAGAUGCCGAAGAAGAGAGCUCGGCCGUCCCCCCCUGCUUCAGCGAUGAAGGCAUCAACUACCUCUACAUCCGCCACAACAAUCUCUACCUCCUCGCUUUGACCAAGCGCAACUCCAACGCCGCCGAGAUCCUGCUAUUCCUUCACAAAAUCGUCGAGGUCUUUACCGAAUACUUCAAAGAGUUGGAGGAGGAGAGUAUCCGCGACAACUUCGUCAUCAUCUACGAGCUGCUCGAUGAGAUGAUGGACUUUGGUCACCCACAAACGACAGAGAGCAAGAUUUUGCAAGAAUACAUCACCCAGGAAUCACACAAGUUGGAAGUGCAGGCACGACCACCCAUCGCAGUCACAAACGCCGUCUCAUGGCGCUCGGAAGGCAUUCGCUACCGCAAGAACGAGGUCUUCCUGGAUGUCGUCGAGUCUCUCAACCUACUCGUCUCAUCUACUGGCAGUGUCUUGCGUUCUGAAAUUCUGGGUGCUGUCAAGAUGAAGUGUUAUUUGUCUGGUAUGCCCGAGCUGCGUCUAGGCCUCAAUGACAAGGCCAUGUUCGAGACCACCGGUCGCGCGACUCGCGGCAAGGCUGUCGAGAUGGAAGAUGUCAAGUUCCACCAAUGUGUCCGUCUAUCACGCUUCGAGAACGACCGCACAAUCAGCUUCAUCCCUCCGGACGGCGAGUUCGAGCUCAUGAGCUACCGCCUCAACACACAAGUCAAGCCUCUUAUCUGGGUCGAGUGCAUCGUCGAAAACCACUCUGGCAGCCGUAUCGAAUACAUGCUCAAGGCAAAGGCGCAAUUCAAGCGUCGCUCAACCGCCAACAAUGUCGAAAUCUCCAUUCCCGUACCAGAAGAUGCCGACACACCACGCUUCCGAACGAACAUCGGCUCCGUACACUAUGCGCCUGAGCAAAGCGCUAUUGUCUGGAAGAUUAAGCAGUUUGGUGGUAGCAAGGAGUUCUUGAUGCGUGCUGAGCUUGGCUUGCCUUCAGUGCGUGGUGAUGAUGAAAAGGGUGGUGGUAUGAUGGGUGGCUUCGGUGGAAGCAUGGGUGGUGUUGGCGAUCGCGGAAAGGGCAAGCGACCCAUCAACGUCAAAUUCGAGAUCCCCUACUUCACCACAUCAGGCAUCAAUGUCAGGUAUCUCAAGAUCAUCGAACCCAAGCUGCAAUAUCCUUCUUUGCCAUGGGUCCGCUACAUUACACAAUCCGGCGACAUUGCCGUUCGUCUACCAGACACGCAAUCAUGA